AUGGCUCGAUACCGUGGACCACGCGUAAAAAUUGUACGACGACUUGGAGAACUUCCGGGAUUAACAACAAAAGUACCAAACCGUACAUAUGGACCAGGACAACAUGGUCAAGCUACUUCAACAGGAAAACUCACACAAUUCCGUGUACGUUUACAAGAAAAACAAAAAUUACGUUAUAAUUACGGAAUUUCUGAAAAACAACUCUUAACAUAUGUGCGUCGUGCACGUCGUGCAAAAGGACCAACAGGAGAAGUAUUACUUCAAAUGUUAGAAAUGCGUUUAGAUAGUAUUGUCUACCGCCUUGGAUUUGCUCCAACAAUUCGUGCAGCACGUCAAUAUGUUUCACAUGGUUUAAUCACUGUAAAUGGACAAACAGUAAAUAUCCCAAGUUAUAACUGUUUACCAGGUGAGACAAUUGCAAGUACAUCUAACCCAGUAGUUGAAAACUGUAAAACAUUCGGUGGAGCAGUUCCAUCACAUUUAACAGUGGAUACAGCAAAAACAACAGGAAAAAUCCAACGUGUAAUUACACGUUCGCAAAUUGCAUUAACAGUAAAUGAACUCCUUAUUAUUGAGUUCUAUUCACGUAAAGGAUAA